UUCCCCUCCUGCCACUCCUGAGAGCGCAAGAGAGGACAAAAGUUACGGAUUAAGCGCUUCUCCUCCGAGAGGAAAAAGCGAAAGGCAGCUAAUUUGCCGUAAUAUUUUGUCAAGAUUACCAUCAGGCUACACGUUUCCAGAUGCGUUGAGGACAUUAAUGAGACAUUAUUGUUGGGAAACAAGUUUUUUUUUUCUUUUUUUUCAUUAUGAGUCUGGACUCAUCAGCUUUGCACGAUGGCUUCUUGUAGAAACUUUGAUGGAAUAAACUGCGCACUGCGAGAGAACAGCGUUUAUCAAGAAUACUGUGAUUUGCAAGUUUUGGUUUUAUGACUUUUUUUCAGUUCGGUUGGGAUUGCUGUCUGUGGCUGCUCACUUUUUUCUCUGCUGAGUUUCUCGAUGGCGUAGGUGGUGGCAAGAGGUUUUUAAAGCAUCUUCUCGGACAAGGAUUUGAUAUUUAUAAUGCAGAUACAUCUGGAUUACGUGCAUACAUUAAAUAGGAGGGUUUAAAAUCUAGUGAAAAGUCAUUAAGGUUUUGGAGAAGGGAAAUGCGGAGUAAAGACGGCGUCUAGAAGAAUGCUGCUGCUUGUACGAUGGAAGUGAAGAACUCUUUUGCUGUUGUUGCGGUGGUUUGUCUUUUCUUUUGCUCCAGUUUCAGCCAAGAACUCAACCCUAAAGGCAAGAAUGUGUGCAAAGCGACUGGAUCAACAGGAUUUGUGUGCUGCAGUGGAUGGGGGCAGCUAGGGGAUGAAUGCCUGACACCUCUCUGUGAAGGCAACUUCACCUGCAAGGAAAAAGAGGUGUGUGUCAGGCCGAAUGAAUGUCGCUGUCGCCAUGGAUACUUUGGUGCUAACUGUGACACAAAGUGCCCUGGCCAAUUCUGGGGUCCUGACUGCAAAGGGACGUGUAAUUGUUACCCUAACGGCAAGUGUGAUGACUUUACCGGCGAGUGUACCUGCAACCACAAUCGUUGGGGACCUAACUGCGAGAAUGCUUGCUUAUGCCAAAAAGGCAAUUGUAAUCAAGAGACGGGCAAAUGCACAUGUCAUCCUGGCGUCUGGGGUCCACAGUGCAACAACAACUGCUACUGCAGCAUCAACUCUGUCUGCGAUGCAAUGACAGGGAGAUGCCUCUGCACUCCCGGUUGGACUGGGAGGAACUGUGCCAUCCAGUGUAACUGUAACAAUUCACCAUGUGACCAGUUCACGGGACGCUGCCAGUGCCGUGAGAGACUGUGGGGCCCACGGUGUGAACGAUAUUGCCAGUGUUCCCACGGCAAGUGCAACCAGGCGGACGGCUCGUGUACCUGCACACCAGGGUACCGUGGGAAGUUCUGCAGGGAACCAUGUCCUGCUGGGUUCUACGGUCAAAACUGCAGGAACAGGUGUGGGCACUGCAAGGGCCAGCAGCCCUGUAAGGUGACAGAGGGACGCUGCAUCACCUGUGACAGAGGCUGGAAUGGUACACGGUGUGACCAGCUCUGCUCCAAAGGUUUUUUUGGCGAAAACUGUCAAGAAGUGUGUCCCACCUGCAAAGACGGUCACCACUGCGACCCCAUUCAUGGCAAAUGCUCUCACUGUAACCCUGGCUGGAUUGGGGACAGGUGCGAGGUGCGCUGCCCCAAUGGCACAUAUGGCGAGAACUGUGAGAACAACUGCAGUCACUGUUUUAACGGCAUCUGUCAUGUUGUUACCGGAGAGUGCCUGUGUGACCCGGGGUUUUAUGGCAUCUACUGCAAUAUGACCUGUCAGCCUGGCCAGUAUGGAGUGAACUGCAACCAAACCUGCUCUUGCCAUGACAAGAACUGCGAUCCUGUGUCUGGUGCUUGCUAUCUCCAGCCCAACCAGCGGAUGGGUGUGAUUGCGGCUGGAACCCUCGUCUCCUUUUUACUGAUUGUCCUGCUCUCGCUGCUGUGCUGCUGCUGCCUCUGUCGACACAAAGACGACCACAACAAAAAAGCCAAGCGGAUCCUGUGUGGACGAUUCAGCCGAAUCAGCACUAAACUUCCCCGUAUUCCACUGAGGCGACAGAAACUGCCCAAAGUAGUCGUAGCCCACCACGACCCAGAAAACACCUUCAACUGCAGCUUCAUUGAGCCCCCCUCAGUGGCAGAACAGCCCUCCCCCUCCUCCUGGUCGUCCCAGGAGUCUUUCUCUUCCUUUGAGAGCGGAGACGAGGGGCCUGUUUACUGUGUGCCCCAUGAAGAAUCUGUGAAUGAAAGCAAGGAGAAGCGCAGCCCCAGCCCAGCAACAGAGAAACCAGAAGAUGUUCUUAAUGAGGAGGAUGCUGGGGAGUACACCUCCCUGAAGGACACCAGUAUCACAAAACCAGAAGGCAGUGAGCAGCCUCUGCUCAAAUCCUCUGACAGUGAAGGCUCCACCAGUGGCUCUGAGUCCACUACUGCGGCACUCUAUGCCCGCAUUGCCCGCCUGUCCAAGCAGUCCAAGGAGGACGAUGGUAGUGGCAAGGACGGGGAUGGCACUCCCACACCAGAGGCUAAGCGCAAUGGAAAGCCACCACCUUCACCUGGCAAGCCCAAACCACGCCCACCAGACCCAUCCACAAAGCCAAAAGUAUCAUGGAUACACGGAAAUAAUACAGCGUCUCCCCAGCUUGAGCAGCAGGGGCAGGGUGGAAUGAAGGCCCUUGCAGUGCCAAAGGAGAAAAAGAGGAGUUCUAGUGAUGGCUCAGCCAAGACAGAGGAGCGAAAAAUGAAGGAGAAGAGCCGUGAGCAACAGAAGAAACAGGAGGGGAAAGAUGCAGAAGUCAAUGGCUCCCCCAGCAAACACAAACCUCUGCGAGGUAAGAAGUCUGGAGAUGAACACAGUAGUCCGAGUCACAUGGAGCACAUCAAUGGUGUGGUUCAGAAUGCCCUGAAGAAGAUAAGCAACUUCCACAGCUCCUCAUCUGAGAAGAAGAAUGCUGACAGUCCAAAGGAGACCCCAAAAGAGCCACCAAAGAGCCCUAAGGUCAUCCACCCUCAUAUGAACUCUGAGGCUGCCACGCUCCUGGCUGCUCAGCUCAAGGAGAAAACCCAAAGCAUCAACAGGAACGAGGGGACAGGUUUGACAAAAACCAAUGGCCUCUCCACACCCAAGGGAAACCGGGAGAAGCCAACACCUCCACAGAAAGCCAAAAGGACCCCCUCCAGUGGAAUGAGCCAGCAGGGCUCCAACAAGCCCCUGCUGCCUACCUCGAGCAGCCUCCAGAAGAUGGUGGCACCUGUCACCACUGACGUCGGGAACCCUGAAGCUAAGAGCCCGGAGAAGCAGGACUUGAACGGCUCAAGGGCAGGGGACCCAACGUUGGAUCCUACACCAAAGAAGACUCCAAUAAAAAAGCCACCCAGAAAGAAAGGCAAGGAGGGUACUUUGGAUACAUCGGAAAGUAAAACACCCCAGCAAAAGACAGCCAUUAUGCCACCACAGGUUGUGAAAUAAGUAUUUUUGAAGACAAAUGGUCUAAGUUUGUGAUGCAUUUCAAAGAGACUGAAAUGGAUUUGUUGGAAGGUGAACCACAUAGUUUUUCAAUCAAGGAAUUUUAAGAUUUUUUUGUGUGAGUGCUGUGACUCCAGGACCAGUCAAGAGUGAGAAAAGCUUUUAAAUCAAGAGCGCAGUUGAGUCGUAUUGGUGAGUUGUAUUAUAAUGACCUCUAUACACCUUUGUAUUUCAUUUCAAGAAUCCUUUUUUGCGUAACAACUAUGUAUAAAUCUCACACCACAACCUGUGGCUACGCCGGACACAACUGUGAGAACAGUGGUGCACAGACAUAAUCAUAGUUCAUUCAUCUCUAUUCCUCCACCACUAUAUUUAUAUAUGGAUUGCUUUAGGUUGCAUAACUCUAAUUUGCCAUGCAGGUGUCCGAAAAAUAGCUAUUUUUCAUGUAUGCUCUCCAAAGGUACUGAAGGUACUAAAAUAACAAGAAAGUUAGAUCCUCUGAGGAUUGCAAGCUAUGUUUUUUGUUUGGUUGUUUGGCUUUUUAUCAUUUCUAAGGACCAACAUGCAUAAAUACAGUUCUAUACAUUAAGACAUCUUAAAUUAGCUAUAACCCUCUUUUUUAUGCCAAGGCUAUUCUUUGCAUAUGAGGGUCUACUUCAUUGUCAACUAAGAGCAACAGUUUCAAUGUGAUUUGUUGGAGAACUUUAGCAAAGAAAGCACCUCUUUGUUUUUGUUCUCUGUUUUGCUACCAAAGCAAGUUUGAGCUUGAUAUCCCACAUUAUUAGGAAGCUUCUCUUAAGUCAACUACAUUUAACACCCCAAAGUACACAAGUUAUGCUACAUUUAGGACUUAAUUGUCUUCUUUGCUUGUCACCCUUUUUGUCAGACAUGGUUUGCUGAAACCAAAACAAGGUCUUUUUUGCAAAAAAUGGCUGUUUUAAACCUCUUCCAUACUUCUACUGUAACACCAAAUCACCAGAAUGUGCUCAUACUAUAUGUUUUAUUCAGUCAGUUAAACCACUAAACCAAAAAUGACAUCACAGGCUAUCCUAUGUCCUAACUUUAUGUCAUGCUCAUAAAUCACUAUAAACUCACUUAGUUUUUCUGUAAUAAAGCAACAUCUGUAGUAAGAAAACAUAGUGCAGGACAGUAUCUUCCCUGCAGAGCAGAUGCAAUAGUUUUAUUAAAGUAAUGGAUGUUAAUAGCAUUCUCUGCAGAUCAGACUACAGAAAGAGACUGUUAUGUGUCUUUAUGUGCUCUUUCAGUUUAGCCGAGAAACUAGGUCAGUGUCGCCAUUUGAGCUAUUCUCACAUCAAUUUGUUUAUGCCAUUGGGGUAUUGUAUAAAAGAAAAUCUUGUCAAAGUUGUUUUGUCCCUUGAGGAUUAUAUUAUCGUAAGCUAGUAGAUGAAUGCUUUAAUUACAUUGUUUUAUGGUAUGACUAUAACGGCUGAAAUACAUGGGCCAUAGAUACAGCGUGUUAGGUAGGCAGGGCGUAGCAGGGUUUUGACUUUGUCUUUAUAGCCUGUGGUUUCAUGCCAGCUUCACUGUGUGCAUAUUGAGUUUUGCUAAGUGAUAAUGCAGUUUGUUAUGCAGGUUUUGGAAGAGUAGGCUAUAUUAACGACUUAAUUACCUGUAGGAUCUUACAUACACAUAGAUUUGAUCGAUUUAUUUUAAUGUGGAAUGUAAAAACACCCAUAAGGUUGCUUUGCUGCAUUGCCUCCACUACAAUGAGGUAAUAAUUUCAUUUUUAAUCUUGUACUCAUUUUUUACAUGUUUCUAUGUGGCUUUUACCUGUUGAACGGCUGCAUACCCAUGCAUAGACAAUAAGAAAUAGAUCAUAGUCUGUGUUGCAUCUAGCUGAUUAUAAUGGAUGCGCUCUGCUGCGACUGCCAUGUUGUGCCACGUCCAUGCUCCAUGUAUUUCGGCCAUAGGGUUAAAUGGUACCAUGCCUCAAGUGUUAAAAUGUGCCUCAACUGUGGAUCAGUUUAAGCAAAAGAAGCUAUGUUUGCCUAAAUGUUGUCGCCAACUUGUAUUUCAACUAAAAUGAGUAAGCCAAAGAAAGUUUUGAGGUGGGAUACUUAAACUGGACUAAUGCAGUCUGUCAAGAGGAACGUGCUUUUAUUUCUGUUAUUGGUGAUUAGCUAUUUUGAAAGUAGCACUCGAAACAGGAGCUAUGAUCAAUGGAUGACAGGUAUGUAUGCGGCAAGUUAACAUGCCAUUGAGCUGAAGAAUAUUUUACAUUUACAGCUAAUUUGAAAAAUUGUCUUGUUUGUUUUUAUCAUGGUACAACACAUUUCUUUGGUUAUUUUCAACACUUUCUACUUGUAUACAUUGUGUACUUUUUAUUAUCUUUGUAAGCUGUGCUUAUAUGACUUUUUUAGUUCUUCUGUUUUCCUUGGUGUCAAUGAACUGGCUUUCAUGUUGUAUUUGCUUCUUUUUUUUGGUAUGUUGCUUAUUUUUGGCUAUAAAGAACCUACAGUAUGAGUACUCUCCUCCUGUAAAGUUUACAUUGGCUUUGUAAUUGUUCUCUGUUGAUGUUAUUGUUUGUGUAACACUUAACUGCAUGACGCAGAGUGUAAUUAUAUGGCAUUAAUAGCUGCACAGGAUAUCUGUAACCGUCUUUUUUCCCUCCAGUUGUUAUUAUUGCCUCCCAUAAAAAAAAUAACUCAUACAGAAAGGAUUGUACAAUACUACUAUGAUACCACUGUUGAAACAAUUGCAUACGUAAAACCAUAACAUUGUGUAAUUAUGAAGUGGCAAUUUUUAUCUGACUGGCCCGUGCCUGUUUUUACAGGCUUACAGUGUAUUUUUGUAAAGAAGGGCCUGAAAAGCUGCAAAAACGUUAACAACUGUAAGGUAUAUUUUGUCUUUUGUGGAUUGUUUUUAGCAACUUUGAUUUCCAUUUGUGUAUGGCCAUUAAAUUGGUGUUUCCUCAUUUACUUCUUUGGAAUAAAAAAGCAAUACAUGUAGCUCUAGUCAAACCAGAA